GUGGCACCAAACGUGAAUUUGCCACUGAUAUGCUCGAAGCUGAUGUCGGUGGGGUUCUACUCGGGCGUGGUGCAGCUGUGCACGGCGUGCGCGAGCCGGCUCGACCCGCACGACAAGGCGCUGCACUACUACAAGAGCGAUCAACCCUCGCAGGACAGAGAGGGGCAUCUUGUGUAUUAUAGAAGAAUGGAAAUAUACCGUGAAGUGUGUGCGGCACUGGAGCGGCUGUACGAGCGAGGUUCUGAGACAGCCAGGGAUCGUAUGUCUCUCAAAUCCACUCAACAAGAUUCUGACCCUUUGCUUUCCCUCUCGCCAGCUGAUGCCAACUACCAGGGUAGAAAAUUAGUCAUGGAAUGUUUAUCUCAGGAUGAUGAAAUUUUACAUGUGGCCGUUUACGAGUGGUUGGUGUCAAAACAUCUUGGUUCAGGUAAAUUAUAAUAAUAAUAAUAAUAUCAGCCCUGUAUUAUAUACUUGCCCACUGCUGAGCACGAGCCUCCUCUACUACUGAGAGGGAUUAGG